UUCUUCCGCAAAACUCUUUCUACUCAAACUCAUGUAGGCCUCUGUGUCUCCCCUUCCUAGAACUAGGGUUUGCAGAGUUCUCCAUCCCUCCCUUCGUUGCUUCCUCUGUCUCGCCCUUUUCGAAGAAUUAGGGUUACUGCUGGAGCCGUGAUUGUCUCCCUAUUGAUCUUUGUGUUUCAAUGCCUUCAAAUCUCCCUAUCGCAGCGACCUUGGGAAGUUCUUGCCUCUGCCAAACCGCUGCCUUCUCCACUGAGAGGCGAGCGAUUUCGGCGAAUACGCGAAUUCAUCUUGUUUCUCUUUGUUCGUCUUCUUAUCUGAAUCCAUAGAAACGCGUGCGGUUGUUAGAUCGGACUCUGUACGAUUCUAAUGGCGCCAAGUCGCAGAAAAGGUUCCAGCAAAGCCUCUGCCGCCGCUGCAGCCGCUGCCCGCCGGCAGUGGAAGGUCGGCGAUCUCGUACUUGCGAAGGUCAAGGGGUUCCCAGCAUGGCCUGCAACUGUGAGCGAGCCACAGAAGUGGGGAUACUCCACAGAUUGGAAGAAAGUACUUGUCUACUUUUUUGGAACUAAACAAAUAGCCUUCUGCAAUCCUGCCGAUGUUGAAGCAUUUACAGAAGAGAAAAAGGAGACUCUUUUAGUUAAGUGUCAAGGUAAGGGAGCUGAUUUUGUUCGUGCAGUACAGGAGAUCAUUGAUAGUUAUGAGAAGACAAAGAAACUGAACCAACUUGACGACGCCAGUUCUGGAGGCGAAGUUACUGUAACAAAUGCUGCUGGGGAUUCAGUGGACACAAUGGGUAAUCUUGAAUUGAAGGAUCAGACUGAAGUUCCCUUGGCUUCAGUCAAUAUACGACUAAAAGCUUCUAGUUGUGCUAAAGAUAGAAGUGAGCCAAGCCUCCCCGUUGAAGAUGCUGCAGUUGCAGCCCAAUUAGAUGCUUUGCAUGAUAGGGAGAGAGUGUCUGAUGAACCCACUGAAAAUGUGUUGGGUCCAGAAACAACACUAUCACCAACUUACUCAUCGAGAAAACGAUUUAGGGGUACACAGCCAAAGAAUUGCGUCACACUCAAAAAGACACCAUCAGUGAGAAAAUCUAGAAGUUUAUCAAGGGGUGAAUUUUGUAGAUUUCAGAGCUUCAUGAUGCUGUCGAAUGAUGGCAGUAAAAGUUCGGAGGACAUAGCAGUCAAUUUAACACGGGAUGGAUCCUUGAGAAAUAACAAAGGAUCCAGAAAGUCUCCAGUUGCUUCUGUUUCUCAUUAUGUAGAUUCACCAUCUUUUCCUGCAAAUGGUAGCAUUGAGGACAAUGGUUCUGAAAUUGUUACAGUUGAAUCUGACACCCAUAGUUUAAAUGAGGGCAGCACUAUAGAGUCAGGUUGUAAAUAUGAGCAGCCCGACAAGGUAGUUGAAUGCUUGGAGGAAGAUAUUAGGCUGAGCAAAAAGCUUGAUCUUCAAAUGAGGUCAGUUGUUACUAAGAAGAAAAGGAGACCAAACAGAAAACGUGCAGCUAAUGAUGUGGCUGCUUGUUCCGCUAGAUUAGAUGGAGAAACAGGUCUGGAGGCAGGGGGGCAAAAAACUGGAGAAAGUUCACCCAGUGGAUGUGAAAGGUCAAAUGGAAGGUGUUCUAAGGAAGAUGGUGAUGAGCAUCUACCAUUAGUAAAGCGAGCGAGGGUUCGAAUGGGUAAACCAUCAUCUGUGGAGGGGAAGCUCAAUGACUACAUACAGACGGAAGAUAACUCAGAGAAAUGCACAAUAGAAGCGACAGCUAAUCUGUUGGGGCAGGUCUGUUCAUCUUUAGCUUGCAGUGCUGAUGUCCCUGCGGAUAAAAAUGUAAUUGUGGUAGAGAGGGCUGUUAGCACUUCAUCGCCUGCUGAUAAUUGCAAUCAAAUUACAGAAGAUAUGCCUCCUUUGUCAUAUGUCAAGAAGAAUAAAUCUUAUGGUUGUUUAGUUGAUGGUGAAGCUGCUUUGCCGCCUUCUAAACGCCUUCAUCGUGCCUUGGAAGCUAUGUCAGCUAAUGCUGCUGAAGAUGGUCAAGCAUAUAGUGAAGCACCUUCCACUGUGAAAGCAGUGAUUAAUGAGUGUCGCUUUUCUUCCGUGGGGAGAUGCCCUGACAUGGCCAUGGAAAGCAAAGCUGGGAAUACCUCAGGAGUGCAGGAGGAUGCAGAGGUUCUUGCUCAUGAUGAUUCUCAGGUCGGCAUUUCUGGAUCUUCACCCAGUUUAAACCUACAUGUAUCUGAGGAAACAGCAAAAUUUUCCAUAGAAGUGGAAUUUGGCAAUCAGCCUGCUUUAAGUUCCGAAGGUUCAAACCAUCAGUUCUGCAAAGAUGUGGUUAUGGAGGCUGCAGACUGUAUUGAUGGUAUAGAUCCUAAUGGUUCAUCUUUUGGUAUUCAUGCUAUUAAUACACUGGGUGAAGUCCGAAGUCCACAGCCUUUGCCAGAUACUCUAGAUAGAAGACCAGGCAGUCUGAGAUCCAAUGAAAAUUCAUUGAAUGAAUUGUUGCCUUCAAAUGAUGAAGGCAAUGGGACUUCUGAGUUAAACAACAGUAGAGCAGAAAAACCAGAAAAGCCUGUUGAAUUUGACAGUUUAGAAUGCGCUAAGAUGAGUCUGCAUCCUGACUCAGGGGCUGAAGAAACGGGUAAAGUUUCACCUCAGAAUGGGACUAAUUUGCUUCUGUAUGGUGCUGAGGGUAAUUGUUGUGAAUGUAUCAUGCUUUUGAAGCCUCAAAUAGAUGACAGCAUCCAAGUUAAUGAUACGCGUGAGGUUGUGAAUUUAGACCAUAAAUCAAGACAGAAGGAUGUAAAUGCUUCUCCAUCUCCAACUUCAAUGAAGGUUACAACAUCAGCUGUGCGAGGGGGACAUCAUAUAUCUUGUUCACCUGAAGUUUCUGUCAACCAUUCAGGUGAGAAGAAGGUCUCUUGUAUCCCAUCAAGUCCAUCUUCGAUGAAUGGAGUGGAUUGUCCCGCACAAGGCGUGAUAUGUGGUUUGUCUUCAGCUAGUAGCACCUUUUUUCUUCAAAAAAAUAGCUAUUGUAGUCCUGUUCAUUUACACAAGGAGAAAACUGUGCGUGCUUCAGAUGAUGAAAGAAAGUUUGAAGCUGCAGCAACUCAUAGACCGAAAUCUGUGGGCAAAUGGGGCAGUAAUGCAGAUGCAAGUACUCUUCUAAAAUUCUUUGAAAGCAUGCUUGGAACAUUAACUAGGACAAAGGAGAGCAUUGGUCGAGCAACACGUAUUGCAAUUGAUUGUGCAAAGUUCGGUAAUGCUACUGAGGUGUUGGAAAUUCUUGCCCGUAAUUUGGAAACUGAAUCAAGGUUACACAGACGAGUGGACCUCUUCUUCCUUGUGGAUUCUAUAACUCAGUGCUCUCGAGGAUUGAAAGGUGAUGGUGGUAUAUACCCUUCAAUCAUCCAAGCAGUGCUGCCCCGUUUGCUGUCAGCUGCUGCUCCUCCAGGAAAUACAGCACAGGAAAAUCGUAGGCAAUGCCUAAAGGUUUUGAGGCUAUGGUUAGAAAGAAGGAUCCUUCCGGAUUCUCUCAUCCGGCACCAUAUACGAGAACUUGAUUCCCUUAAUGUUUCAUCUUCCAUUGGUUCCUUUUCUCGGCGCUCAUCAAGAACUGAGAGAGCUUUGAAUGAUCCUCUUAGAGAGAUGGAGGGUAUGCUCGUUGACGAAUAUGGAAGCAAUUCAAGUUUUCAGCUUCCGGGAUUCUGUAUGCCACGUAUGCUUAAAGAUGAAGAUGAAGGAAGUGAUUCUGAUGGAGGAAAUUUUGAGGCCGUUACUCCUGAACACAAUUCCAAAACCCCUGAAGAACAGGAAGCAAUCCCCACAUCAGCUAUUGAAAAGCAUAGGCAUAUUCUGGAGGAUGUUGAUGGUGAGCUUGAAAUGGAGGAUGUAGCGCCCUCUAAUGAAGUUGAAAUGAAUGCAACUAAUAAAGUUGCUGAAGUAUAUAUUGUACAGGCUUCUCAUCAUCGAUCUGAACAGCUUUUUCCAUUGUCAUUUGCCCCUCCACUACCCUGUGACAUGCCGCCAUCAUCUCCUCCUCUGCCAACGUCCCCUCCUCCAGCUGCUCCUCCUCCACCCCCUCCACUGCCCCCUCCAGCAAUAUCCCAUCCUUUCACUAAUGGUGUUGAUUCAAAGCUUUACAUGGAUACAAAUAGUAUGCCAGACAGCUUACAACAAUCAAUCUCAAAGCAGUCAAUUAAGCCAAAAAUCAACCCAACAAUCUCAGAUGCCGUACAUUAUCAUGCACCUGAGCAUAGAGAUUUUCAGAUGCAGAUGCAGAUGUCUGAACCCUCUAUUUCUUCCUCUUUCAGCAGUUUUCCAAUCUCCCCAUCACCUAUGCAUUCAGUGAAUAAUGUUCAGCCAACAGACUCUGCUGCUUUGCGUAACAAGGCUUACCAGCUACGCCCACCUCAUCCUGCACCAUCAAACCAGUUUUCAUAUGUUCAGGCAGAUCAGCGAAUGCCACCACGAAGGGAAGCCCAACCCCCAUUAUACUCUAAUCGGUACCAUUUUGCACAGAACAUGGAUGGUGGAAACUUCUACAGUGACCAGGAUGGAAUGAAAUCAGGCUCACAUGAGCCCAGUGAAAGGUGGAGAUUUUCUGCACCCUCGUUUCACGGUUCAGUUAAUCUUGAUAGAGUUUCUUAUGCAACUGGUCAAUAUGGUGGCCCACUGCAUGAACCAGCGAGAAUAUCAGACCAAGGCUGGGCUUUUCCUCACCAUGGGAUGAAUCAUAGAAGCUUUGUGCCUGUUGGACCACCUUCUGAAAAUGGAUUUCCAGUGGCAGUUAGAGGGCCAAACUCUUGGGGACCGAGAUGAGAAUUAUCAAAGGAGCAUCAAUUGCUGGUAUGGCCCAUUUUUUACCUGGGUUUUGCGGCUUGUCUAAAUACUUGGGAGUGAUUUUUUUUUCUGGGUUAUGGUUUUCAACAUUGGAAGAUCCAGAUAUUCAGAAGAUUGGGAAUUGAAGAACGGCAUUCUAGCAUCCCUGAUUGUACAUAUGUAUUUUAUCAUGUUGUCUGACAUUGCAUAGAGCAAGAAGAAAGUCUUGGAGUUUCAGGCUGUCAUGUAUCAUUUUUUGGGUGGGUUUAUUUUCAUUAGGUUUUUAGUAUUAAUUUAUUUCUUUAAAGCCCUUCAUAGGAAUUCAAGUAAUGUUUCAUGGGCUAUUUGUUAGAACUUUUUCUUUUUGCCAAGUUAUUACGUUUUCGAGCUUCUUAUGUGUUGUAUAAAUACAGCUUUUGUUCAUUUUUUUGGGAAACAUCUGUUUUAGUGCGGCCUGCAUUAGAAUUGAGUACAGCACUCGUGCAAGGUAAAAUUCUCGUCAAGUUAUCUGAUGAUUCAAAUGACUUGGGAUAAACAAGUUGUCAUAAAUAUCGAAUAAAUUAAACUGAAUGAUAUUUGAUUAGUA